GACAGCAAAGAUGGCGGUUGAACAGCGUUGAAUCUUUUCUGUAAUAAGCAAUUAAAACUCGGGUAUUUGCCGACUUUUCUAUGGGGCGAAGUCGCCGAGCCCCUACUUAAUAACUAUUUUGCGCGAAAUGGUGUAGAAUACGUGUAAGAUUGGUUCCAGUUCAAAGUAUUUGCGAGUCGAUCGUUUUCUAUUUUUUCGGUCUCCAUCGGUGGAGCUUGCGUUGUUAUUUUAAAAUGGCUCCGGUGCAGAUUGGAUCAGAUGGGCAACUGGUCCCUAUCGGUGGUCCCACCUCGGCCAUCCAGCCGCCACCCCCCGGCCCCCCGGCCACCCAAGGAGUCCGACUGAGCCUGCUGAUUGAGUUUCUCCUGCAGAGGACCUACCAUGAAAUCACCCUGUUGGGUGAACUGUAAGUAAUGACGAGACCCCGUUCAACGUAAUGGGUCUUUAUUAAUUGAGAUUCCUUCAUUUAAAAAUGACGUAGUAAUAUCUGAAAGUUACCCAUACUGUUUCUGUCUUUCUUGCAGUCUUCCCAGAAAAACAGACAUGGAAAGGUAUGUGUGUCUCUUGUUUCACUGGGUGUGUUCACUGAUGAAAUUGACUUGUCAAAUUGGGAAUGUGUUGUAUGUGACAUACACAAUCCUCUUCUUUUGCCUUUUCUACUGUUUCUUACAGAAAAAUCGAGAUUGUCCAGUUUUCCAGUCGGACCAGGCAGCUGUUUGUGCGUCUCCUUGCCCUGGUGAAAUGGGCCAGCAACGCUGGGAAGGUGGAGAAGUGUGCGGUAUGUAUGCUAGACCACAGUACUCUACACCAAACAUACUCUCAAAGUGGGCAUACACAACCAGAUACUAUCUUGAGUUAUGCACAUAAAACUCUCACCUUUUCAUACAUUUCCCCACUGACAUCAAUGCAUUGUUUAUGUUUAACUUUGAGUUAGGUCGACUUGCACAUAAUUCAAGAUAAUACUGAGUACAGUCAUAAGCUAACCAGACCUUUAACCCCUAACCUCCUGUUUUCACUGUAACAGAUGAUCUCCAGCUUCCUGGACCAGCAGGCCUUCCUAUUUGUGGACACGGCUGAUAGGCUGGCAUCACUGGCGAGGGACGCCCUGGUGCACGCCCGCCUGCCCAGCUUUGCCAUCCCGUUCGCCAUCGACGUGCUCACCACCGGGUCAUACCCUCGCCUGCCCACCUGCAUACGGGUAAGACACCCCUAACUGGUCUGUGUGUGUGUCCACUACUGUGUUCAUUUUUUUCUUGUAGUCUAUUGCAUUGUUUUGACCUCUUGACCUGGCCUGAGAGCUGGUUCUCAGUUGACAUGCCUGGUUAAAUAGUGGUCAAAUAAAAUAAGACACCUGAUGCCUCUGUGUUCAUAAGCCACUAUGGUUGAAGUAGCCUGGGUGCCUGUCUGGCUUAGCCAGAAAUGAUGUUGUUCACGUAUGUACUCUGUCAGUUGUGUGUGAUGUACAUUAUGUGCACAAACACAGAUAUCUUUAGUGGUGCGUUACCGCCACCAACUGGACUGGAGUGUGGAAUAGGGACGGAGAAAUCUGAAGCCCUGUUUGGGCCAGUGCAUUGACAGCCGUGUGUGUGUAGGAUAAGAUCAUUCCUCCAGACCCCAUCACUAAGGUGGAGAAGCAGACAACCCUGAACCAGCUCAAUCAAAUCCUGCGACAUCGUCUUGUCACGACAGACCUACCACCUCAGCUAGCCAAUCUCACCGUUGGUAAGGAUCACACACACACACACACACACACACACACACACACACACACACACAAAGCUGGCCACCCUCACUAUGUGUGUCUCGUAGCUAAUGGGCGUGUGAAGUUCCGUGUGGAGGGGGAGUUUGAGGCCACGCUGACAGUGAUGGGGGACGACCCAGAUAUUCCCUGGAGACUGUUGAAGCUGGAGAUACUGGUGGAGGACAAGGAGACUGGAGGUAAGAUACACAACACCUGCUUGACCAAGCACCAAACACACAGAACCCACUACUAACAAACCAAACAUACAGAACCCACUACUAACAAACCAAACACACAGAACCCACUACUAACAAACCAAACACACAGAACCCACUACUAACAAACCAAACAUACAGAACCCACUACUAACAAACCAAACACACAGAACCCACUACUAACAAACCAAACACACAGAACCCACUACUAACAAACCAAACACACAGAACCCACUACUAACAAACCAAACACACAGAACCCACUACUAACAAACCAAACACACAGAACCCACUACUAACGCACCAGACACAUAGAAUCCACUACUAAGGCACCAAACGCACAGAACCCACUACUAACGCACCCAAUAAAAUAAAAAAAUUGGUAGCACUGAUGCUACUAACUUUAAAAAGUUAGGAGCACCACAUAACAUUUAGUAGCACCAGAAAAAAAAUAUAUUUUUAAUUGAUUGAGAUAUAGCCUACAUUGGGCAUAUAUGAAUCUUACUUACUUUUGAAGCACAUCGCCUGAAGAAUAUAUCCUUUUUCAUUUCUUUCUUUGCCACCAAAUAUUUGCAAAAUGGUAAAGUUACCAGGUUGGUUGGGCGAUAUAGAUUGGGAUUUUUCAACCAAAUAUUGUGAUUUAACUUGCGAUAUAGAUCAAAACACUUGGGUCAACUGUUGGAAUCAUAGAAAUAUAAUGAUUUUUCUAAUUAUAUGGUUGGUGUUGUUUGACAAGCCAGGUGAGAGUUAUGACAUGGUAGGAACCAAAGUGCUGGUCAGUGUUUCCCAUGGGACCCUAAUGGCAUUUGAAUAGAUGGAUAGAUGUUACAUUUGAACAAACAACAUGCCAUUGUUUCUUCUGCAGUCAUUUAUAUGUAGCGCUGCGCCACAGCAACAUUUAUUGCCGCCAUGGCAAAAAAAAUUUUUACAUGAAAAUAUAAUUAUGCUGAGGCGCACUUUGAAGAUGCUAGAAUCUUCUGCAAACAAAACAAGUAAUGAAUAGAAAAAUCAGACCAACACAUAGUAGAAUAGUUUAUCUAUACCUAGUCGGCUUGUUGUUUUUUUAUUUUAUUUUUCUAUUUCACCUUUAUUUAACCAGGUAAGCCAGUUGAGAACAAGUUCUCAUUUACAACUGCGACCUGGCCAAGAUAAAGCAAAGCAGUGCGAUUAAAAACAACAACACAGAGUUACAUAUGGGGUAAACAAAACAUAAAGUCAAAAAUACAACAGAAAAUAUAUAUACAGUGUGUGCAAAUGUAGCAAGUUAUGGAGGUAAGGCAAUAAAUAGGCCAUAGUGCAAAAUAAUUACAAUUUAGUAUUAACACUGGAAUGAUAGAUGUGCAAAUAGAGAUACUGGGGUGCAAAUGAGCAAAAUAAAUAACAAUAUGGGGAUGAGGUAGUUGGAUGGGCUAAUUACAGAUGGACUGUGUACAGGUGCAGUGAUCGGUAAGCUGCUUUGACAACUGACGCCUAAAGUUAGUGAGGGAGAUAACAGUCUCCAGCUUCAGAGAUUUUUGCAGUUCGUUCCAGUCAUUGGCAGCAGAGAACUGGAAGGAAUGGCGGCCAAAGGAGGUGUUGGCUUUGGGGAUGACCAGUGAGAUAUACCUGCUGGAGCGCAGACUAGGGGUGGGUGUUGCUAUGGUGACCAGUGAGCUAAGAUAAGACUGGGAUUUGCCUAGCAGUGAUUUAUAGAUGACCUGGAGCCAGUGGGUUUGGCGACGAAUAUGUAGUGAGGGCCAGCCAACAAGAGCGUACAGGUCACAGAGGUGGGUAGUAUAUGGGGCUUUGGUGACAAAAUGGAUGGCACUGUGAUAGACUUCAUCCAAUUUGCUGAGUAGAGUGUUGGAGGCUAUUUUGUAAAUGACAUCGCCGAAGUCAAGGAUCGGUAGGAUAGUCAGUUUUACGAGGGCAUGUUUGGCAGCAUGAGUGAAGGAGGCUUUGUUGCGAAAUAGGAAGCUGAUUCUAGAUCUAACUUUUGAUUGAAGAUGCUUAAUGUGAGUCUGGAAGGAGAGUUUACAGUCUAACCAGACACCUAGGUAUUUGUAGUUGUCCACAUACUCUAGGUCAGACCCGCCGAGAGUAGUGAUUCUAGUCGGGUGGGCGGGUGCCAGCAGCGUUCGAUUGAAGAGCAUGCAUUUAGUUUUACUAGUGUUUAAGAGCAGUUGGAGGCUACGGAAGGAGUGUUGUAUGGCAUUGAAGCUCGUUUGGAGGUUUGUUAACACAGUAUCCAAUGAAGGGCCAGAUGUAUAGAAAAUGGUGUCGUCCGCAUAGAGGUGGAUCCGAGCGUCACCAGCAGCAAGAGCAACAUCAUUGAUAUACACAGAGAAUAGAGUCGGCCUGAGAAUUGAACCCUGUGGCACCCCCAUAGAGACUGCCAGAGGUCCAGACAACAGGCCCUCCGAUUUGACACAUUGAACUCUAUCUGAGAAGUAGUUGGUGAACCAGGCGAGGCAGUCAUUUGAGAAACCAAGGCAAUUUAGUCUGCCAAUAAGAAUGCAGUGGUUGACAGAGUCGAAAGCCUUGGCCAGGUCGAUGAAGACGGCUGCGCAGUACUGUCUUUUAUCGAUCGCGGUUAUAAUAUCGUUUUAGGACCUUGAGCGUGGCUGAGGUGCACCCAUGACCAGCUCGGAAACCGGAUUGCAUUGUGUGUUUUAUGCGAGAUAAAUAUUCCUCUCGAUGCGCAUUCAAGUUACGAGUGCCAUAGGAAGGUGAAACAUGCAUUCUGACAAACAGUCAAUGCACAACAAGUAUUGCAAUCGUGGAGAAAAAAGCAGUUUUGAUGGCCUUUUUAAAAAAGUGGGGGAUCCCAGAUAGAGCUUUCGAUUCCUACUUUAUUUAUUUCUCAACUCCUAAAUAUGUGCGAACUGCAUCUUUUUAAACCCAGAGUUUUUAGCAGCUUUACCGCUCUGCAAUUUGCUGUGAGUGCAUAGGGGAGAGUGGAGAUAAAUGUAACACGGGUCAAUUGUAGGGUAACUUGGGGUAAAAUACAGUGACUUACAUUUUUUUGAUGAGACAGAUUACAUUUUUAGUUGAACAAGAGUAGUGGUAACCAGGGAACGUGUUGGGGGGAAAAAUAUGACAUGAAGUGGUUUCUGUGAGAAGUACAGGCAGUUUAAACCGGGGUGGCGGUUUACCCCAAGUUACCCUAACAGGUAGGCCUACAUUAUAUUCACUGUGUUUAUGCAAGUUUAUUUAGACAUAAAAUACAUCAAUAGGAUGCUAACUAGUUAAAUGAUUAGCCCAAUAGGGUAAAUGCAGAUAGGCAACCCCAUACUUCAGCCUAUUUAUUUAUAGUCACUAUGCUGCCAAUAGCAUACCUGAUAAUAUGGACCAUGCAUAGGCUAUUUGCAUUGUCCAAUAUGUUUAAAUAAUUAACAAAUAAUAUGAGAAAAAUGGUGUCAGCAUAAUUUUAUUUUGGAGCGUAAUGUCCUUUUAAAUAAGUCACCAGAACUGAGCUUCUUAGUCCUUCUACACACAACCUUUCCCCCUCACUGCUUCAAAUUGUUCCAGAGGAAACACUGCAACGUACUGAUAUACACCACCACUAGUAGCCAACCUGUAUUAGAGAUAACGUUUGCUUUAUCCUAGCUAGUGCAUUUAGCCAAAGGGUGUUUAGCUAGCUAGUUAGCGAUUAGCUUUAGGCCAGCUUCCUUGGACUAACUAACUCGCGUUUUGCAAAGAGCAAGAUACACAAACUCUUAUUAUAAUACAGAAAUGAAAAUGAAAGAGUCCAGAGUGUUCAACUCUCACAAUAUGUCCAGCAAAUGAUAUUUUUUCUGGUCCUGAUGCUCAGGAGUAAUCCAACUUGAAUGAAAAACACAUCCAGUACUUGAAAAAAACAAUCUUAAGAUUGCUUUCUUUUUUUGUUUGUUGCUAACUCCUUUUUCAAUAUUACCCCCGCCCCUCCUUCCAGAUGGCAGAGCUCUGGUCCACAGUAUGCAAGUGAACUUCAUCCAUGAGCUGGUGCAGUCACGCCUGUUUGCAGAUGAGAAACCACUGCAGGAUAUGUACAGCUGCCUGCGUAUCCUUUCACUGUGUGUGUGUGUACUGUUUCUGUGCAGACAGUGGGCUCAGGGUCAAGUCUGGCUUGAGCUGCUGCAGUGAAUGUAAUUGUGUCUGUGUGGGUGUGUGUGCACACAUACAAUAUUGACCGACAGUGACCAUGCGUACAGCAGGCCCAGGGCACCAACAGCAUUCCAAUGAGUGCCAAAGCCAACAGUCACACAAUGUCUUUCAGUUCAUCAGUUUGUUUCCAUGAACCAAGCAGAAAUAUUUACAACAUUUCAAAUACUCUUUAGUGGGAAAUGAAUAAUGCUACAUAUAUUUAAAUACUGUUAUGCUCAAUAGACCGCCAAUAAUUAGAUAUGGCGAAGGAUUUGUUUCUAUCAGUCAGUUUUUGUAUGAACCUUAUCAUGACUUCAUAGCAAGUAUAACUGCCAGUCGCAGUCUGGUUUCAUAACUGAAGUCUGUCACCACACACACACAGCCUGGGUGUGUGUGUAUCAUGUGUGUCUGCAUUUCUUUAUCUGUGUGUAUUGUGAGUAAGUGUGUAUGCCAUCAUCCUGGACCAGCCCUUCCUUAACCCCGUCCCGUCUAGACUCAUUCUGCCUGUCUCUUCAGCUGGAGGUGCUCCACUCCCAGACCCUCAUGCUGGUCCGAGAGCGCUGGGGAGACCUGGUGCAGGUGGAGCGCUACAUGCCUGCCAAGUGCCUCACGCUGGCCGUCUGGAAGUAAGAAACACACACACACUCAACUACUCACUGAGAAGUUAUACGUUAACAGGCCUGAUGGUUCAAUGAUUGAUUGGUUCGUUGAAUGCAUAUACUUUUAUCAUUCAUCACAGGGAAAUUGGUCCACCAUAAUUUGACCUCUAUCUCGCCCCCUCUCCAGCCAACAGGUCCUGGGAAGGAAGACGGGCACUGCGUCGGUCCACAAAGUCACCAUCAAGAUUGACGAUUCAGACGGCUCCAAGCCUCUGCAGAUCUCCCAUGAUCCUCCGCUCCCUGCCUGUGACUCUAGACUGAUGGAGAGAGCCAUGAAGGUGAGCUAACGCCUCGUUCCUCGCAGAUAUGGUGCUGUGCAAUUUUUGUUGUUGUGAUGAUGACCUCAUUUCCUGUCUUUAUACCCGCCCCCUCCUGAAGAUUGACCACUUGUCAGUGGAGAAGCUUUUGAUUGACAGCGUGCACGCCCGCUCCCAUCAGAAGCUGCAGGAGCUGAAAGCCAUCCUGAAGAGCAGCAACCCCAGCGACAGCUGUGAGUCUCUGUCCUCUCUGACGUAGCUAUACACUGACUAAUCCAACCACAUCGACCCAGAAUGAAAUGAACAAUGUUGUGGAGAGAAACAACUAUGUCGUCAAUGUGUGAUGUUAUUGUCCCUGCCUGCCUGUGUUUCAGCGUUCAUAGAGACAGCUCUGCCCACCCUGGUCAUUCCCAUCCUGGAGCCCUGCGGACGCUCCGAGUGCCUGCACAUCUUUGUAGACCUGCACUCAGGGAUGUUCCAGCCAAUGCUGUAUGGAAUUCGUAAGCAGGGAGGGGCACAUACACACACACACCACAUCGGUAAGCUGGGACACACACACACAUACACUGUACUCACUUCCACUGUGUCUGUCUGUCUCCAGAUCAGUCCAUACUGGACGACAUUGAGAAGACCAUCAACGACGACAUGAAGCGCAUCAUAUCCUGGCUGCAGCAGCUCAAGUAAAUCCACUUCCUGUCUCUCUUUGUGACAACUGCCUGUCAUGUGUCAUAUCACUACUCCUCAGAAGGCCUUCAUACCUCCAUAUCCACACUAGCACACUUUAGUAUGCAAAGUGCUUCACCCUAGUACCUUAGUAGUGUAUACUGAACAAAAAUAUAAACGCAACAUGUAAAGUGUUGGUCCCAUGUUUCAUGAGCUGAAAUAAAAGUUCCCAGAAAUGUUCCAUACGCACAAAAAGGUUAUUUCUCUAAAAUGUUGUGCACAAAUUUGUUUACAUCCAUGUUAGUGAGCAUUUCUCCUUUGCCAAGAUAAUCCAUCCACCUGACAGGUGUGGCAUCUCAAGAACAGCAUGAUCAUUCCACAGGUGCUCCUUGUGCUGGGGACAAUAAAAGGCCACUCUAAAAUGUGCAGUUUUGUCACACAACACAAUGCUACAGAUGUCUCAAGUUUUGAGGGAGUGUGCAAUUGGCAUGCUGACUGCAGGAAUUUCCACCAGCGCUGUUGCCAGAGAAUGUAAUGUUCCUUUCUCUACCAUAAGCUGCCUCCAACGUUGUUUUAGACAAUUUGGCAGUACGUCCAACCGGCCUCAACCACAGAUCACGUGUAACCUCGCCAGCCCAGGACCUCCACAUCCAUCUUCCUCACCUGCAGUAUCGUCUGAGAUCAGCCACCCGGACAGCUGAUGAAACUAUGGGUUUGCACAACCGAAGAAUUUCUGCACAAACUGUCAAACUGUCUCCGGGAAGCUCAUCUGCGGGCUCGUCGUCCUCACCAGGGUCUUGACCUGACUGCAGUUCGAUGUUGUAACCGACUUCAGUGGGCAAAUGCUCACCUUCGAUGGUCACUGGCAUGCUGGAGAAGUGUGCUCUUCACAGAGGAAUCCCGGUUUCAACUGUAUCGGGCAGAUGGCAGACGUAUGGCGUUGUGUGGGCGAGUGGUUUGCUGAUGUCAAUGUUGUGAACAGAGUGCCACAUGGUGGCGGUAGGGUUAUGGUAUGGGCAGGCAUAAGCUACGGACAACGAACACAAUUUUAUCAAUGGCAAUUUGAAUGCGCAGAGAUACCAUGACGAGAUCCUGAGACCCAUUGUCGUGCCAUUCAUCUUCCACCAUCACCUCAUGUUUCAGCAUGAUAAUGCACAGCUGCAUGUCGCAAGGAUCUGUACACAAUUCCUGGAGGCUGAAACUGUCCCAGUUCUUCCAUGACCUGCAUACUCACCAGACAUGUCACCCAUUUGAGCAUGUUUGGGAUGCUCUGGAUCGACGUGUAUGACAGCGUGUUCCAGUUCCCGCCAAUAUCCAGCAAUUUCGCACAGCCAUUGAAGAGCAGUGAGACAACAUUCCAAAGGCCACAAUCAACAGCCUGAUCAACACUAUGCAUGAGGCAAAUGGUGGUCACACCAGAUACUGACUGGUUUUCUGAUCCACGCUCCUACCUUUUUUCUUUAAGGUAUCUGACCAAUAGAUGCAUAUCUGUAUUCCCAGUCAUGUGAACUCCAUAGAUUAGGGCCUAAUUAAUUAAUUUCAAUUGACUAAUUUCCUUAUAUGAGCUGUAACUCAGUAAACUCUAUGAAAUCGUUGCAUGUUGCGUUUAUAUUUUUGUUCAGUGUAGUAUGCCCAUAUGGAGAUAAGACCAGAUAUUGCGCCCUUCCAUGGAAAUGUGCUUCUAUGCAGGGGAAGAAUUUCUGAAAUGACUUAGGGUGUUUGUAUAAAUUACGUAGACCAGCACUCUACUCUGUGAGGUUGAGUCUGUCAUUUUGUGAUAUGCAUAAUUACUGGAACGGAUUUAAGUCAAUGUUCUGUGGUUUUAUUUAUAUGAUAUGAUCUGGCCAGAAAUGGCUUGUUUAUCAGUUUGGGAAAGAGUGUUAGUAGAGUGAUAAUGAUGUCUCACUGAUGUGUGAAUGUUGAACUGUGAAAUAGCUGCUCGUUGGCAGAUUCUGGUCUAUUUGGAGAAUGUCGUAUUUCAGUUCACUAAUGUUUAUUUCGCUCUCACACCCCCCUCCCUGUCUCUUUCCUCACCACUCUUCUCCCUCCCUCCAGGUUUUGGUUAGGGGAGCAGAGGUGUAGACAGUCAGUGAAACACCUCCCCACUGUCUGCACAGACAUACUACACCUCUCCAACUCCGCCUCCCACCCUGCCGGCAGCCUAUCAAAACACAGGAUCUUCAUCCGGCUAACCCGGCUACCACAGUAUUAUAUUGUAAGUGCCUCCCACCUUAUCCCAAUUAUUUGUCCCCAAAAUAGAGUAAGUUUAUUGUAAACACAAAAAAUGUAGAACAAUAUACUGUACAUUAACCAUGCACAACUUUCCCACUCUUUUCUUCACCCCUCCUCAUUCCUAUUUUAUCCCAUUCCUCGCUCUCUCCCUCCCUCACCCUUCCCUCCCCUUCCCUGUCUCUCUAGGUGGUGGAGAUGCUUGACGUGCCUGGCUGUCCCACGGAGCUCCAGUACAAGUACUCCUUUCUUUCCGUGUCUCAGUUGGAGGGUGAGGAGGGACCUCCAUGCGCCCAGCUCCUUCAGCACUUCAAGCCCAACCUGGAGCAGCUCGUCCUGGACAAUAGCGCCGGCCGAAGGGCCCGCCAUGGAGCUAAGAGAAAAGUAGGACUGGAUUACAGAACUGCGUGUAUGGGUUACAAUUAAUUAAAAUAUACAGUGGCGAAAAAAAGUAUUUAGUCAGCCACCAAUUGUGCAAGUUCUCCCACUUAAAAAUAUGAGAGAGGCCUGUAAUUUUCAUCACAGGUACACGUCAACUAUGACAGACAAAUUGAAGAAAAAAAAUCCAGAAAAUCACAUUGUAGGAUUUUUUAUGAAUUUAUUUGCAAAUUAUGGUGGAAAAUAAGUAUUUGGUCACCUACAAACAAGCAAGAUUUCUGGCUUUCACAGACCUGUAACCAGAGCAUAUGAGCGGAGUGGAGCGGGAGCGAGCGUGGAGCGUGAGCGGACGGAUUUUGAACAGAGCGCAGAGCGGCAUUUUUAAAAGGACGGAGCGUCGCCCUAUGUCCCGCUCCAAUUUCGCUCGCUCACACCACGAGUCUGAAGCAUGCUCAAGCCUGACCCAGAAUCCAUCUGUUUAAUUUAAUUUGUGUCGUCCAUUAAUUUGUAUUUUAUAGAGCGAGAGGAGCAGCAGCAGCAGCAACAAGAGAAAAGGGUUGAGGAAUUCAAAAGUUUAUUCACUGCACGCAAAGGCCCAAACAUAACAAGGGAGAGAAAAAGAGAGCUGGAUGUAGCAUUUUUUGAAAUGAUUUUCAUGGACUAUGAACCGCUGAGUAAAGGAGAACGCGAGCGCAGCUCAACCGGGCUACACUCCCCCAAGAAACUAUGAUAAAUCAGUACUUUACUUUGUCAAAUUUACAUCUGAGAUGCCCCAUUCACAUGCUUCAGCUGGCGAUCAAAAACGCCGUUAACAAGCACGACAACAUUAAUAGGCUGUUAGUGAAAGUCGGGCACCUGGUGAAAAGUGUACGCAAGAGCACAGAGGAAACCGACCAAUUAGGUGUCCUCCCCACAAAUGCCUGCGCCAUUCGAUGGAGCAGCCAGCUGCGGAUGAUUCAGUCGUUCAUCCGGUUGUUCCAAAAAGACCCGUUAUGGUAAAACAAACUCAAGUCUAAUGUUGCUAACAUCACCCUGAAUCAAGUACGGCAGCUGACGCACCUUGUCAGUGUGCUGACACCACAAGCAGACCUCACAGACAAAAUGCAGAAGGAGCUGGGGAACCUGGGGAUGAUCCUCCCUGCUGUCACAAAUCAAAUCCCUGCUCACCGAUUACACUCACGCUGCACUUCCAAUGGGCAUCGCUGCUUUUGCAGAAACAUUGGCAAACAACGUGUCAAUUCGCUAUGGAAUAUACUAUACUGAUUAACAUCUCAUUUUAGCGUCAGUGUUAGAUCCCCGUUUCAAGACAGAAUGGAUAAUCCGAGAUGAGUCUGUAUGCAACAAAUUCGGGGAGAUAAAGUAAGGCUGUGGUUUAAGCUAAAAGUGAAAUACAUGCAGAUUUUGUUCCUUUUUUGGAGUGAGCGGGGGGCGAUUUGAGUGGAGCGCGAUGCAAACUGCGCUGAGCGAUAAUGAGCGGACUGGCCUGAUGUGGCUUUGAGCGGGGGGAGCGGAGGGGUGAACAGCUCCGUGAGCGAGGAGCUGAGAUUCUCACCGCUCCACUCCGCUCAUAUGCUCUGCCUGUAACUUCUUCUUUAAGAGGCUCCUCUGUCCUCCACUCGUUACCUGUAUUAAUGGCACCUGUUUGAACUUGUUAUCAGUAUAAAAGACACCUGUCCACAACCUCAAACAGUCACACUCCAAACUCCACUAUGGCCAAGACCAAAGAGCUGUCAAAGGACACCAGAAACAAAAUUGUAGACCUGCACCAGGCUGGGAAGACUGAAUCUGCAAUAGGUAAGCAGCUUGGUUUGAAGAAAUCAACUGUGGGAGCAAUUAUUAGGAAAUGGAAGACAUACAAGACCACUGAUAAUCUACCUCAAUCUGGGGCUCCAUGCAAGAUCUCACCCCGUGGGGUCAAAAUGAUCACAAGAACGGUGAGCAAAAAUCCCAGAACCACACGGGGGGACCUAGUGAAUGACCUGCAGAGAGCUGGGACCAAAGUAACAAAGCCUACCAUCAGUAACACACUACGCCGCCAGGGACUCAAAUCCUGCAGUGCCAGACGUGUCCCCCUGCUUAAGCCAGUACAUGUCCAGGCCCGUCUGAAGUUUGCUAGAGUGCAUUUGGAUGAUCCAGAAGAGGAUUGGGAGAAUGUCAUAUGGUCAGAUGAAACCUGUUCUAUUUUGGUAAAAACUCAACUCAUCGUGUUUGGAGGACAAAGAAUGCUGAGUUGCAUCCAAAGAACACCAUACCUACUGUGAAGCAUGGGGGUGGAAACAUGCUUUGGGGCUGUUUUUCUGCAAAGGGACCAGGACGACUGAUCCGUGUAAAGGAAAGAAUGAAUGGGGCCAUGUAUCGUGAGAUUUUGAGUGAAAACCUCCUUCCAUCAGCAAGGGCAUUGAAGAUUAAACGUGGCUGGGUCUUUCAGCAUGACAAUGAUCCCAAACACACCGCCCGGGCAAUGAAGGAGUGGCUUCGUAAGAAGCAUUUCAAGGUCCUGGAGUGGCCUAGCCAGUCUCCAGAUCUCAAUCCCAUAGAAAAUCUUUGGAGGGAGUUGAAAGUCCGUGUUGCCCAGCGACAGACCCAAAACAUCACUGCUCUAGAGGAGAUCUGCAUGGAUGAAUGGGCCAAAAUACCAGCAACAGUGUGUGAAAACCUUGUGAAGACUUACAGAAAACAUUUGACCUGUGUCAUUGCCAACAAAGGGUAUAUAACAAAGUAUUGAGAAACUUUUGUUAUUGACCAAAUACUUAUUUUCCACCAUAAUUUGCAAAUAAAUUCAUUAAAAAUCCUACAAUGUGAUUUUCUGGAUUUUUUUUCUCAUUUUGUCUGUCAUAGUUGACGUGUACCUAUGAUGAAAAUUACAGGCCUCUCUCAUCUUUUUAAGUGGGAGAACUUGCACAAUUAGUGGCUGACUAAAUACUUUUUUUCCCCACUGUAGAUGAUCUGAAACCAUGUCCUAAAAGGAUUAAUCGAAGGAAAAAUACUUACAAAAUACAUAUAAACCCUGAUAUUUUCCUGAAAUAUAAAUAAAAAGUGUGUUAUAAAGUAAAUGUAUUAUUAUUUAUAAUCAUUAGAUGUUCGGUUAUCUCACUGUAUAUCUCCUCUCUCUCUUCUCUGUCCUCCAGUUGUCAGGUGACCAGGGUGUUCUGGAGUCCAAGAAGCCAAAGCGCUCAGGGGAGAUGUCUGCCUUCAACAAGGAGCUGGCUCACCUAGUGGCCAUGUGUGACACUAACAUGCCCUUCUUAGGCCUCAGAGUGGAGGUAUGGAUGGAGGGAGGAACCACUUUUAUUUUCUCUCUAGAUCUUACAACUCUUCCUCACUCUUUACUUUUCCACCUCCUCCCUCUCCACCACUUCCCAUUCUACUAUUCAUAUCUCUCUUCAUCAUUCCUCUUCCUCUCCAUCCCUCUCUUCCUCCUUUCCUCUCCUCAUCAAUCCUUCCUCCUCUCUGUCUGUCUCUCCUCUCUAUCCAGCUGUCGCACAUGGAGAUUCCUCACCUCUCCUCUCUUUCGUCCUCUCCUCAUCCCUCCCUUUCUUCCCUCCAUUCCUACUCCUUCUAACAUGUCUCUCUUCUCUCUAGUUAUCUCAGAUGGAGAUUCCUCACCAGGGUGUGCAGGUGGAGGGAGACUGCUGCAGUCACGCCAUCCGCAUCCUCAAGUAAGACUCCCCAUCAUGCAGUUGAUGUUAGUGGCACUGUCUAAUAAUAUGGAAGUCAAUGGGAAUGUUAAAGGGGCAGUGCAGUCAAAUGUGUUUUUUUUUUUUUUUGUGUGGAUAUUUUCACACUGAGAUCGAAAUAACACUGUGAAAUUGUGAAAAUGAUGAAAAUGCACUUUUUAAUGUAAGAGCUUUAAAAAAUACAAUAAAAGACACCUGGAACUUCAGCCUGUUCAGGUGGGAUGGGGUUUUUGUCCCACAGCAUGACAUCACAAUCUGAUCUGAUUAUUACCAAUGACCAGUCAUCUUUUAUUUGCAUAUGUAUCCUCCUACUUUGAAGGGAUAAGCAGGGUUUGCUUUAGAGUCUAUACCACACGUGUCAAACUCAUUCCACGGAUGGCCGAGGGUCUGCGGGUUUUCGCUCCUCCCUUGUACUUGAUUGAUAAAUUAAGGUCACUAAUUAGUAAGGAACUCCCCUCACCUGAUUGUCUAGGGCUUAAUUGAACGGAAAAAAACAAAACCCGCAGACACCCCUGGUCUAGACGGUCCUAUCCACAAAGUAGGGCUGUGUUUGUAAUAUAUUAACAUUUUAUCAACACACCCACCCGAACAGACUGAGCAUUUCGUUGGCAAAGGGAAGCUCAGGGAAAUAAAUGAUAAAAAAUAUAUUUGGAGUGAUUUAUUAGACAUACAUUGAUAAUUAAAAAAUGAAAUGAAGAAGACUGCAUGUGGGCUUUAAAGAUAAUGCUGAAGUCAGAAAGUGUCUAUGAUUGUGAUUUCGGUUCUACUGAUUUGAACUGAAGCUUUCUCGCAGCGCACUUAGACACAUACCCACAAAACAUGUAUACAGUCAUGUGAAAAAGUAAGUACACCCCCUGGAAAGUGGUCGUUUGUUUUUUUUUUAAAUCUUUUUUUUAGUUGUUUUUUUACAUAUUUUGGACACAUGGAUAUUUGAGCUGAAUUCUCACCACAUUCAUUGAUAAAGUUAACCCAAUUUAACAAAUCACCACAACAACAAAAAUUACUUAGAAAAUGUUUUGCAAUUAAAAUAAACAAAAAUGCCUUUUCCUUAUGCGGAAAAAGUUAGUACACCCCUACCUUUACCGUCACAUAAAAUGGCUAAUAUUAGUCAGGUGCACCAGAACAGAUCCAAAUUAUUAGAAAAUCAUUAGAGAGAAACUUAGGAGGGUCCAGCCUUCCAUAAAGAUUAGAAAUGUGGGCUGGUUUUGUCUUAACCAUAUGGGUGUGUGGUAACACAUCAUGCCAAGAUCAAAAUACCUACCCGAGGCCCCCAGAAGAAAGAUUAUUGAUGCCCUUUAGUCUGGGAGGGGUUACAAAUCCAUUUCCAAGCAAUUCAAAGUACAUCAUUCCACUGUCUGACGGCUCAUCUACAAAUUGAGAAAAUUCCAGACCACUGGCAAUCUACCUAGGACAGAUCGUCCGAAAGAUGCUUAUGGAAGUCUCUAAGAACGCCAGGGUAACAUCAAGGGAUCUACCGGCCUCUCUUGCCACAAUCAAUGUCGAUGUGCAUGAGUCAACUGUCAGAAAGAGACUGCACAAACUUGUCCUACAUAGGAGGUCAGGAAGGAAGAAGCCUCUGCUCUCAAAAAAUUAUAUCAAGACAUGACUGACGUUUUGCCAGACAACACCUGGGUAAAGACCAAAACUACUGGAACAAUGUGCUCUGGACAGAUGAGUCAAAGGUGAAGUUGUUUGGCCGCAAUGCCAGACGCCAUGUUUGGCGAAAACGAAACACUGCCUUUGAACAGAUGAACCUCCGUAAAGCAUGGAGGUGAUGGCAUUAUGGUUUGGGGCUGCUUUGCUGCCUCAGGGCCUGGCCAAUUUGCCAUCAUUGAGUCAACCAUGAAUUCUAUAUUGUACCAGAGAAUUCUUGAGGAGAAUGUGAGGCCAUCUGUCAAAAAGCUGAAGCUGAGCUGAACAUAGAUGUUGCAACAGGACAAUGAUCCAAAACACAAAAGCAAAGCUACAACAGAAUGGCUCAAAUAGAAGAAAUGGAGGGUUAUGGAAUGGCAGAGUCAAAGGCCAGAUCUCAAUCCUAUCGAAAUGCUGUGGGAGGACUUGAAGCGGGCCGUGCAUGCAAGAAAGCCCUCGAACAUGACACAGUUGAAGCAGUACUAUAAAGAAGAGUGGUGAAAAAUUCCUCCCAGUCGAUGUAAGAGACUGAUAGACAGUUACAAGAAAAGUCUACAUUUAAGUUAUUUCAGCCAAAGGGGGCAACACAAGCUAUUGAAGCUAGGGGUGUACUUAUUUUUCCCGAACUAUGGAAUUGCAAUUCUGUUGAUCUUUGAUGAAUAAAUGACAAAUGUCAGUGUCAUUUGUUAAAUUAGAUUACCUUUAUCUGUCAAUAGUGUUGAAGUGAAGAUUACAUCUAUUCAAAUAUGUUUAAAAAAUACAACUUUCCAGGGGGUGUACUUACUUUUAAACAUUACUGUAUAUAUAUAUUUUUAAUGAUGGUUUAUACCCGUAAUUUCAGUGAUAGACAUAUGUACUAGGUACCGUGUACCUAACCCUUUGUGGUCCUGUUCCCCUCCCUUUACCUAGGAUCCCUCCCAGUAAGGGUGUAGGGGAGGAGACGAGGCAGGUUCUGGAGCGCUCUCUGCUGGACUGCACCUUCCGUCUGCAGGGCCGGAACAACCGUACCUGGGUCGCGGAGCUGGUUCUAGGGAACUACCCGCUCAACAGCACACACAGCAAGGAGCAAGGUAAACACACUAAUACAAACACACGCAUGAGCACAUACAAAAACACACACAGAAAUGCACGUUCUCACACACACACACACUACCCAAACUGAGUCUAAUGUGCCCUUAUCUCUGUGUGUGUCCAGCUUCUACGCGCCAUGUGUACCUAACCUAUGAGAACCCUCUUUCUGAGCCUGUGGGAGGGAGGAAGGUGGUGGAGAUGUUCCUCAACGACUGGAGCUCCAUCAGCCAACUUUACCAGUGUGUCCUGGUGUUCUCACGAUCACUACCAGAGAUGCCGUCCUACCUGAGUCUGUUCAGUGAGAUCCGGCUGUAUAACUACCGCAAAUUGGUCCUGUGCUACGGCAGCACCAAGGGUAGCUCGGUGAGUAACGUCUGAAAUCUAACCUGCGUCUAUUUCCUCUCU